AUGGCAUCCCAAAACGCCCAACCCGGGCACGACCGACCAGAUGAGACAACUUCUCACCCUCCUCCCUACUCAUUCCCCCUCGGCCCCCCCGCCCGUCCAGGACAAGCCCUCCUCCCGCCGAAGCAGCCCCUCAUCGGGCACACCACAUCCCUCGUCCCGCUACAACCCACCCACGCGCCGGCAUUAUACAAGCACCUCGGCGGCGAAGACAACGCGUGGCGGUGGACGUACAUGUUGUCGGGCGGGUACUCCAAUUUCGCCGAGUUUGAGACGGUGGUGGCUGCUUGGAGCACGUCGCGGGAUCGGGAUUACUACGUCAUUCUAUCAGGGCCAGGGACGGGGUCGGGCGAUGGUGACGGGGUUGAAGCGCUUGGGCUAGUCGCGUACUUGGGUGUUUCGACGCAGAUGCGCCGGCUUGAGAUUGGAGGUGUCAUCCUUGGUGGGGCUUUGACUCGGUCUCGGCGGGCUACGGAGGCUUUUUUUCUGUUUCUGCGCCAUGCGUUUGACGACCUGGGUUAUAGCCGUGUUGAGUGGAAGGCGAAUCAGCUGAACUCGACGAGUAUGCGGGCUGCGACAAGGCUGGGGUUUGAGUUUGAGGGUGUCUUUAGGAAGCAUAUGGUCGUCAAGGGAAGGGUUAGGGAUACUGCCUGGUUCAGCAUGACGGACGAUGAAUGGCCAGGGAUUAAGCGUGGGUUCGAGAGUUGGCUGGAUGAUUCUAACUUUGACGAGCAUGGGAAACAAAAGAGGACACUUCAGGAAUGUAGGGAACAGCCGACCGAGCAUUAG